CUCGUUCGUCGCCAUCUCUGAAUUGCGGUCUUUCGAUGCUUCCCCGCACUCGGCCUGCGUCUGGUGGACUCGUCGUGACGAACUCCUUUUUUUUUUUCCUUUCCUGUUUUCUCCCUUGCUUCCCUUGCUCCCGCGUGCUGUGAUAUCCGAUUGGAACCGUCCAUUACGGGCUGAAAUAACACGAAGCUCAGCUCAGCUGACAAUUACCUCCCUCUCUCCCGCGGAGUUCUCUGGGAAAGUGCACCACCUUGCGUCGUUUCGGAUUAAGAGAUUUCCUCGGCUACCUACAUCAAGUGAUUGCUUUUUUCGAGUUUGACUUUCCCUCUUUCACCCCCUCUGGUUUCUGUAGUGUUCUAUUUUUGGGAUCGAGCCUAUGCACGAUGCCGACCCAUCCCCAACACGAAGCGCAUCGCUCGUCACUCGACAACCCCGAAGCUUUCUGGUCCCAUCAUGCCGACCACCUGGAUUGGCAUCGGAAGCCAUCCCGGGCCAUCAGCCGGACCGUCAAGUCGCUCCCCGGCGGUGCCAGUCAUGACCACUGGUCGUGGUUUCCCGACGGCGAGAUCUCCACGACCUAUAACUGCGUGGAUCGACAUGUGCGGAAUGGCAAUGGAGACAACGUGGCCAUUGUCUGGGACUCGCCCGUGACGGGGACCAAAGAGAAGUAUACGUAUCGGCAGCUGCUCGACGAGGUGGAGGUGUUGGCCGGCGUAUUGCGAGAGGAAGGGGUGCGAAGGGGGGACGUAGUCAUCAUCUACAUGCCCAUGAUCCCCGCCGCACUGAUCGCAGCGCUGGCAAUUGUCCGGUUGGGAGCCAUCCAUGCCGCCGUGUUUGGCGGCUUCGCGCCGAAGUCGCUUGCGCAGCGCAUCGAGGCGGCCAAGCCGCGCGCCAUUAUGACGGCCUCGUGCGGAAUUGAAGGAUCCAAGGGCCCCAUUGCCUAUCGACCGCUCGUCGAGGGGGCCAUCCAGUCGAGCAGUUUCAAGCCCGAGAAGGUCAUUGUAUGGCAGCGGGACCAGCUGCGGUGGAAUCAACCCGACAAACGGGGCGGGCAGCGGAACUGGCAACGUUUGGUGAAAAGCGCGCGGAUGCGCGGUGUCAAGGCCGGACCGGUUCCGGUGAACAGUGCGGAUGCGCUGUACAUCAUUUAUACCAGCGGAACCACCGGGCUGCCCAAAGGAGUCGUCCGGGAAGCCGGGGGACACGCGGUGGGCCUUCAUUUGUCGAUCAAGUCGCUGUUUGGCAUCCAAGGUCCGGGCGACGUCAUGUUCUGUGCCUCCGACAUUGGCUGGGUUGUCGGACACUCGUACAUCCUGUACGCCCCUCUCCUGGUCGGGGCUACAACCGUUCUGUUUGAAGGGAAGCCGGUCGGGACGCCGGACGCCGGGACCUUUUGGCGGGUUGUCGAGGAGCACAAGGCUAACGUACUGUUCACGGCCCCGACGGCGAUGCGCGCCAUCCGCAAGGACGACCCAGACAACAGCUUGUUCAAAGAGGUUGCCCGUCGCGGCGGGCUCAAGCACUUCCGGGCCCUUUUUCUCGCCGGCGAACGAAGCGAGCCGAGCAUCGUUCAUGCGUACCAAGACCUACUAACUCAGCAUGCCGCUCCGGGGGCGAUGGUGGUCGACAAUUGGUGGUCAUCCGAGUCCGGCUCGCCCAUCUGUGGCGUGGCGCUGAAGAGUGCCGUGGGCACAGUGCAGCAGGGCGGAGACGACGAGCCAUCGCCAUUGCAGAUUCGACCCGGGUCGGCAGGACUGCCAAUGCCGGGGUUCGAUGUCCGGAUCGUCGACGACGAAGGUCGUGAGGUACCUCGGGGCACGAUGGGCAACAUUGUCCUUGCCCUCCCGCUGGCCCCUACCGCCUUCACACGACUCUUCAACGACGACGAGAGAUUCUACCGCGGAUACCUGAAGCGGUUCGAGGGACGGUGGAUCGACACGGGCGACGCGGGCAUCAUCGACGAAGAUGGCUACGUCCAUGUGAUGGCUCGAUCGGAUGAUAUCAUCAACGUCGCAGCGCAUCGGUUUAGCACGGGAGCCAUCGAGCAAGCGAUCCUCUCUCACCCGGAGAUCGGCGAGGCCAGCGUCGUGGGCAUCCCGGACGCCUUGAAGGGCCACCUCCCGUUCGCCUUCAUCCAGCCACGCGCCGCCAGGAGCACGGUGCCCGCCACGCCGCGAGGCGAGCUCUUCAACGAAGUCAACGGGCUCGUGCGCGAGCAGAUCGGGGCCAUCGCGUCGCUGGGCGGAAUGAUCCAGGGGCGGGGGAUGAUCCCCAAGACGCGCAGUGGCAAGACACUGCGACGGGUGCUGCGGGAGCUGGUGGAGCACGGGGCGCGCGGGGACUACCAGGCGCCGGUCAGCGUUCCGCCGACGGUGGAGGACGCCGAGGUGGUGGAGGUUGCGCGGGGCAGGGUGAAGGAGUACUUUGAGCAGAAGAAGCGGCAGGUGAAGCUGUAGGUUGGCCCGUACUAGAAUCUAGACGUAGAUAUGUUGGGAAAUCCUUAGAUCAUUGUCAUCUCUACAAUAGACCAGACGGACCGAUAGGCAAUUAGAUAAA